GAGGGGCGUGGCCUGCGCCGCAGUCCAGGCCCGAGGCCGGGCCAGACCCUGGGUCGGAGGAACCGCUGCGUUGACCGUCUCUCUCUGCUAAAGAGGACGAGGCAGUGGUUCCCACGAUCCCCGGUCCGGGACGAACCUGAUUUCUACUGAGAACCCCUCAGACAGGGUCCUGGCCCUGCGCGCCUCCGCCGCUCUGGACUACAAGCCCCAGAAGGCGCCGCGGGGCAGCGCCCGGCUUGCGCAGUGGCGUCGGUUGUAAGGCGCUAUGACAACAGGCGGAGGGCUGGAGCGGGGCGCUGAGGGAUGCGCCGAGGCUGUCGGUGUCCUGCCGCGUCCCUCUCGCCGCCUCCUCCAUCAUAGCCUCCUGUUUGUGAGCAGCGGGACUGGCCGUUUCCUCGCCCGUCUGGCCUGUUCCGAGGAUCGAUGUCGUCUCCUCUGUUUGUCUCUGUGGAUGACAGAGGGGGUGUAGGGGAGCUUCCCGGGGGAGUCGCCCCAACUCUGCAGAGCUGAUGGUGCUGCCCAGUGGGGCUCUCUCUUUGGAACAGCUUGGAGCAAGAGGACGAGAGGGAGAGGUGAAGCUCUGGGGGGGCUCUCUCUGCACCUGCUCUUGUUGCCCGCGCUCCACCACUGGGACCCUCGGUCAGGCGUUCCUGCAGGGAGAUCGGGGGCGGAGCUCACGCGUCCUCAGAGUGAAAGAAAAUGUCUUUAUUUAAAGCCCGUGACUGGUGGUCAACUGUUCUGGGAGAAAAAGAAGAAUUUGAUCAAGGCUGUUUGUGUUUGGCUGAUGUUGACAAUAGUGGAAAUGGACAAGAUAAAAUAAUUGUGGGUAGCUUUAUGGGAUACCUAAGAAUCUUUAGCCCACAUCCUGUAAAAACAGGAGAUGGAUCUCAAGCUGAAGAUCUGCUUCUGGAAGUGCAUCUGAGAGAUCCAAUACUUCAAGUGGAAGUAGGAAAGUUUGUUUCAGGUACUGAAAUGCUUCAUUUGGCUGUGUUACAUUCUAGAAAACUUUGUGUCUACUCUGUCUCAGGAACUCUGGGUAAUGUGGAACAUGGGAACCAAUAUCAGAUCAAGUUGAUGUAUGAACAUAAUCUUCAGCGAACAGCUUGCAAUAUGACAUAUGGAUCAUUUGGUGGUGUGAAAGGUCGAGACUUAAUAUGUAUCCAGUCGAUGGAUGGGAUGCUGAUGGUGUUUGAGCAGGAAAGCUACGCUUUUGGGAGAUUUCUCCCUGGUUCCCUUCUUCCUGGCCCUCUUGCUUACAGUUCUCGUACAGAUUCCUUCAUUACUGUCUCUUCCUGCCGGCAAGUGGAGAGUUACAAAUACCAAGUACUUGCUUUUGCAACGGAUGCAGAUAAAAGACAGGAGACCGAACAGCAAAAACUUGGUUCUGGAAAAAGACUAGUUGUGGAUUGGACUCUAAAUAUUGGAGAGCAAGCCCUUGACAUAUGUAUCGUCUCCUUCAAUCAGUCGGUAUCUUCUGUUUUUGUUCUUGGUGAGAGAAACUUUUUUUGUCUUAAGGAUAAUGGACAAAUUCGAUUCAUGAAGAAACUUGAUUGUAGCCCAAGUUGCUUUCUCCCAUAUUGCUCAGUAUCUGAAGGAACAAUAAAUACUUUGAUUGGAAACCAUAAUAGCAUGUUACAUAUUUAUCAGGAUGUGACACUGAAGUGGGCCACUCAACUUCCCCACAUUCCUGUAGCAGUAAGAGUGGGCUGUUUGCAUGAUUUAAAGGGAGUGAUAGUCACUCUGAGUGAUGAUGGUCAUUUGCAGUGUUCAUACUUGGGGACAGACCCUUCUCUGUUCCAAGCUCCAAAAGUUGAAUCUAGAGAACUAAACUAUGAUGAACUUGACGUAGAGUUGAAAGAACUUCAAAAAAUCAUCAAAGAUGUUAACAAAUCACAAGGUACAGCUCUUUGGCCCAUGACUGAGAGAGAAGAUGACUUGAAAGUUUCUGCCACGGUUUCUCCUAGUUUUGAUUCAGUGUCGCAAGCCACUGAUGCUGAAGUGGGAACUGACCUUGUCCCUUCUGUCACAGUGAAGGUCACACUGCAAAAUCGAACGGUAUUGCAAAAAGUCAAAUUAUCUAUCUAUGUGCAACCACCACUAGUACUGACUCGUGAUCAGUUCACUUUUGAAUUUAAAACCCCAGAGAUGACUAGCACAGUGGCCUUUUCUGUUUAUCUGAAAAGAAGUUAUAUGCCAUCUACAUUGGACGGAAAUGCUGUUGUUUCUUACUCGAGACCAACAGAUCGAAAUCCUGAUGGCAUUCCUCGCGUUAUCCAGUGUAAAUUUAGACUUCCCCUGAAGUUAAUCUGCCUUCCAGGUCAGCCUUCAAAAACUGCAAGCCACAAACUAACUAUUGAUACCAACAAACCUCCAGUCAGUCUUCUCAGUCUCUUCCCAGGAUUUGCCAAUCAAUCAGAAGAUGACCAGGUGAAUGUGAUGGGUUUUCGUUUCUUAGGAGGUUCCCGAGUUACCCUUCUGGCUUCCAAAACUUCUCAACGAUACCGCAUUCAGAGUGAACAGUUUGAAGAUCUUUGGCUCAUAACAAAUGAGCUUAUUCUGCGCCUUCAAGAAUAUUUUGAAAAGCAGGGAAUCAAAGAUUUCGCAUGUUCUUUUUCUGGCUCUAUGCCCCUGCAAGAGUAUUUUGAGUUGAUUGAUCGUCACUUUGAGCUGCGGAAAAAUGGUGAAAAGUUAGAGGAACUCCUAUCUGAAAGAGCUGUACAGUUCCGGGCCAUUCAGCGCCGGCUGUUAGCAAGGUUCAAAGAUAAGACGCCCGCCCCACUCCAGCACCUGGACACUUUGCUGGAUGGAACCUACAAGCAGGUGACGGCUCUGGCAGAUGCGGUGGAGGAGAACCGAGGCGACCUGCUGCAGUCCCUGAGCCGGCUGCAGAGUGCCACCCGCCUGCUGAUCCUGCUGCUCGGGCUGUGGCAGAAGCUCAGCGCCGACCAGCUCGCGCUUCUGGAAGCAGCGUUUCUGCCUCUACAGGAAGACACACAGGAAUUGGGCUGGGAAGAAACGGCGGAUGCUGCCAUUUCCCACCUGCUGAAGACCUGCUUGUCAAAGAGCUCAAAGGAGCAGGCUUUGAACCUCAGCAGCCAGCUGGACGCGCCCAAAGACACCAGCCGACUGAAGAAGCACAUCACCUUGCUCUGCGACAGGUUGGCCAAAGGUGGCCGUCUCUGCUUAAGUACUGACGCGGCGGCCCCGCAGCCCAUGGUCAUGCCAGGUGGCUGUACUCCGAUCCCAGAGUCAGAGCUCGAGGAAAGAGCAUUAGAACAAGACUCCGCAGAACUGUUUACAAACCACAGACACCUCAUUGCAGAGCCGCCCAUGCCUGAAGUUCCACCCCUCCAAGGCGUCUUGGAAUAGCCCAAGUAGAGUUGUCUGGUUGAGCAGACAAGAACCUUCCCAAGGCUGAUCCUGUGUGGACCGCAUGCCCAGCCCUGCCGUAGGGAUGGCCCAGGUGCUUCUUAUAGCUCGCCUUCCUGGAGAUGGCACUGGGUGGAAGAACAGAUCAAGAUUUCUGCUUUGUGAAAAGGACCUGUAAUGCCAUGGCUAAAACAGAGGAGAGGUCACACUUGUCUUUGUCUUGCCAGGAAGGGGUGCUGCUGCCUUUGGUCACUGUAUGCUUACAGUCAAAGGAUAUAGCGAGAUCACAUAGUAUCAGGAUGGACUUUUCAAUGCAGAGAUACACAUCCAAAAUAAUUUGCUACCCCCUUUUUUCAUAGAAUUCUUAUAAUAAGUGUAUCAAGUUUAAUAAAGCAUCUCAUUGUCCAACAUAA